AGCCGCAUGAACAAAACACAGUUUGUGUAGACGAGUAACGCGAAACAGUGUUGUAGCUGAAUCCAAACCAAACUAAUUUUGAACAAAAAAAUUCAUUGAUUUUAAACAGCAGAAAUAUGGCAACGAAACGGAAAAACGAUAUUGAUAUUCCCGAUGAAGAAAGUGACGUACUCCUAAUUCGACCACUUGGCGCCGGUCAAGAAGUGGGCAGAUCGUGUAUUAUGCUCGAGUUUAAAGGGAAAAAAAUUAUGUUGGACUGUGGCAUUCAUCCAGGACUAUCGGGAAUGGAUGCAUUGCCAUUCGUUGAUCUCAUCGAAGCAGACGAAGUUGAUUUGCUUUUCAUUUCACAUUUCCAUUUGGAUCAUUGUGGUGCGUUGCCGUGGUUUUUACAAAAAACCAGUUUCAAAGGUCGUUGCUUUAUGACGCACGCAACAAAAGCCAUUUAUCGAUGGAUGUUAUCCGAUUAUAUAAAAGUUAGUAACAUAUCAACCGAACAAAUGCUUUACACGGAAGCGGAUCUCGAGGCAAGCAUGGAGAAAAUCGAAACAAUCAAUUUCCACGAAGAGCGUGAUGUGAUGGGCGUUCGAUUUUGGGCCUACAAUGCCGGUCAUGUUUUAGGGGCGGCCAUGUUCAUGAUUGAUAUCUCAGGUGUGAAAAUUUUGUACACGGGUGAUUUUUCACGUCAAGAAGAUCGUCAUUUAAUGGCAGCCGAAAUUCCAACGAUGAAACCAGAUGUUUUAAUCACCGAAUCAACGUAUGGAACACACAUACAUGAGAAACGCGAAGAUCGUGAAUCUCGUUUUACUGCCUUAGUACAAAAAAUCGUUCAGCAAGGUGGACGAUGUUUGAUUCCAGUGUUUGCAUUGGGUCGUGCCCAAGAACUGCUUUUAAUUUUGGACGAAUUUUGGUCUCUAAAUCCUGAAUUACAAGAAAUUCCCAUCUACUAUGCAUCGUCAUUGGCAAAGAAGUGCAUGGCAGUCUAUCAGACGUAUAUCAAUGCGAUGAACGACAAAAUCCGCAGACAGAUCGCCAUAAAUAACCCCUUUGUUUUCCGACACAUUUCGAAUUUAAAGGGAAUCGAUCAUUUCGAAGAUGUUGGCCCGUGCGUUGUGAUGGCAUCGCCGGGUAUGAUGCAAAGCGGUUUAUCAAGAGAACUCUUUGAAUUAUGGUGCUCAGAUCCGAAAAAUGGCGUCAUCAUUGCCGGUUAUUGUGUAGAGGGAACAUUGGCCAAAACCAUUCUCUCGGAACCAGAAGAGAUUACAACGAUGUCCGGUCAAAAAGUUCCAUUGAAUAUGUCAGUUGAUUAUAUUUCAUUUUCGGCUCACACAGACUAUCAACAGACCAGUGAAUUUAUUCGUUUGCUAAAACCGAUCCAUGUUGUUCUCGUUCAUGGCGAACAAAACGAAAUGUUCCGCUUGAAAUCGGCACUUCAGAGAGAAUAUGAAAGCGAUAAGAAUGCAAAUAUUACUUUUUACAACCCACGCAAUACGCACACGGUUAGUUUGCAUUUCCGCGGGGAAAAAACGGCCAAAGUGAUGGGCACAUUGGCGAUUAAAAAACCAGACGAUGGUGAUACAUUAUCGGGCGUUUUAGUGAAACGAGAUUUUAAGUACCACAUUUUGGCAUCGACUGAUUUACCGAAAUACACUGACAUGAGCAUUUCAGUGGUGACUCAACGUCAAAGUAUUGCAUUUAAUGGCAGUGUUAUUAGUUUGAAAAUGCUUUUGGAUCGCAUAGGUGGACCCGGUACAGUAGAAACCAUCGAAGCCGAUUCAAAAUUCAAGAUUUUCAAUAGCAUUGACAUAACAAUUGAUGGAAAAUUACUGAUCAUGGAAUGGGAAGCAACACCAAUUACCGAUAUGUAUGCCGAUACAGUUGUAGCGAGUCUCAUGCAAACUGAACUCGUCGGUAAUACAAUAAGAGCAACUGGCGCAUGCACAAAAUCAGAUCGAUUGCAUUUCAAAGAGUGUUUAAUUGAAACACUGCAAGAUAUGUUCGGAGAUGAUUCGGUUCCCAAUUCAAUCGUUGGCGAUAGUUUAGUGGUAACCGUCAACGAUAAAAAAGCUGAUAUCGACUUGGAGUCGUUGAUCGUAAAGUGUGAGGGUGACGAAGUCCUAGAGGAGACAUUAUCAGUUGCGGUUAAAAAACUCCACCAAGCUCUUUUUUUCAAAUAAAAAAAAACACAAGAUUAACACUACGACUGACUGAAUUUUAUUGAAUAAAAAAAAGCUUUUUGAGUGACAGAUCACAGCAUUUUGAAGGCACAUUCGAAGAAAUCGCUCCUAAUCUUGGUUUAAUUCGUUGCAGCUCAGGAAUUCCUGAAAAAUUAAUAAUAAAAUUAUGAAAUUUAGCUGGCAA